UACCAAAACUCGACACAUUUAUAAAUUCGUUCAAUGUGAAACACAAACUUGCCGCACAAUCCAAUUUACUUUCUCGAAGGAAAGGAUUAACGCUGAUAUCAUUUUGUGGAAAUCUUUACGUCAUCGACCAAACAAUCCCUUCAGUAAAGGUUACGUUCGGAGUUGUCUCGUUCCAAGUCAUAAAUGGUGUUUUUUGUUGUCCGAGUUUCUCAAAGUUGCGAACUAAAAAAAGUCAGUGGGCGUUAAAAAGCGACGACACAAACUAUUUUUAAAACCGAAAGGAGAAAUUCUUAAGCACAAUGCCUCAACAGCAACAGGAAACACAACAAACAUUUUUGGGCUUCGAUUUGAGCACACAGAAGCUCAAGGCAAUUCUUUUGAGCCCCGAUCUGAAUGUUGUUGCCUCCGCAGAGGUAAAAUUCGACAGCGACUUGCCCGAGUUUCGAACAACAGGUGGCGCCAGUGCAGGCCCAAAUAAAUUCGAGUUCUUUGUGCAGCCAGUGAUGUGGGUGAAAGCAAUGGAUAUCGUCUUGGAUCGUUUGGUGAUGCAGGAAGCAGAUCUGAGCACAGUCGCCGCCAUCAGCGGCUCUGCCCAACAGCAUGGUUCGUUGUACUGGUCAAAGCAUGGCAUUUCAGCGCUGCAUUCCCUCGAUCCAGAUAAGUUUCUGCAUGCGCAAAUCGACGAUUCGGCGUUUGUGGUCAACCGAACGCCCAUUUGGAUGGAUGCCUCGACUCACAAGCAGUGCUUUGAAAUGGAAACGGCCAUUGGGGGACAGACCGAAAUGGUUCAGAUGACGGGCUCCAAGUGCUAUGCUCGCUUUACGGGUCCACAAAUACGCAAAAUUUACCAGCAGCGCACACACGCCUACGAAGAUGCGCAGCGUAUCUCGUUGGUCAGCAGUUUUCUGGCCUCGCUCUUCCUUGGCGAUGUGGCUGCCAUUGACUAUGCCGAUGGCUCUGGCAUGAACCUGUUGGACAUUCGCAACAAGACGUGGUCAAAAGCCUGCCUCAAUGCCUGCGCACCCGAUUUGGACGAACGCCUGGGCGCCCCAGUCGAUGGUUUCGCUGUGCUGGGCAAUGUCUGCGAUUACUUUGUGCAACGCUUUUGCUUUCCGCCCACCUGCAAAGUCGUUGCGUGCACCGGCGACAAUCCCUCGGCCCUGGCUGGCAUGCUGGUAGCCAACAACUGGCUGAGUGUCUCCCUCGGCACGAGUGACACGCUCAUGAUGAGCCUGGAGGAACCGCCCAAGCUCGAGGAGGGCCAUGUGCUCUGUCAUCCAACCGAAACUCAUAAAUACAUGGGUCUCUUGUGUUUCAGAAAUGGUUCGCUGGUGCGCGAAGCGAUCAACAAAUUGGAGGCUAACGGCAGCUGGGAGACAUUCAAUGAGUUGCUCGAUUCGACGCCACGUGGCAAUUUCGGGAACAUGGCUCUGCACUUUAGGGAAAUGGAAAUUAUACCCAAGGCGAAAGGAACGCUUCGCUGGAACAAGGAGAUGCAGCCGAGCUCGCCUGAUGCUGCCAAGGGUGUACUAAAGUUUAGCUCACCUCAAAUCGAAAUACGUGCCUUGAUCGAGGGACAAAUGCUGCAUCAUCGUGCCAUAGCGGAGGACAUGGGCUUCCACUUUGGCAGCGAAACGAAAAUACUUGCCACUGGUGGUGCCUCAGUUAACCAAUCCAUACUGCAAAUAAUUGCUGAUGUCUUCAAUGCCCCCGUCUACAAACAGAAUGAGAGCGAGGCGGCGCUGCUGGGUGCCGCAUAUCGAGCUGCCUAUGCCUACUAUGUCCACGAGAAUGGGCAGACGGAAUCGGUUAAAAGUUAUCGCGACUAUAUCCUUAGCCAGAAGCCAAACCAACUGAAUAUUGCCUGUGAGCCGAAUAAGGAUAGUGAAACAAUCUAUGCGCCAAUGCUGCAACGAUACCGGGACAUGGCAUACGUCCUCGAGAGCCAAUAACAAUCUCACAAGGAGCACUCUGCGUUCCACAGCUGAGACUUCUUGAACUAGCACCUUGUGACUUUUAGGCAGCACAUUCCAUACUCUAAUUACAUAAGACUCAAGUGCAAUUAACAAAAUUAUACUGUGAUUAACUAAUUUUUUAUAUAUUGAUUGCAAAAGCAUUCACAAAAAAUAAACUUUUACAUGUG